AUGUUUGAUGUGAAAGAUAAAAUAUUUUUGGUAACUGGCGCAGCGGCGGGAAUCGGCGAAGGCGUCGCUCGUGGCUUAGCAGAGAAAGGGGCAAAGCACAUAGCAAUUUUGGAUAUUGAUGUGAAAAAUGGAAAUGCACUAGAAGCGGAAAUAAAUUGCAAAUAUGGAUCUGAUAUAGCGAAGUUUCAUAAAUGCGAUGUUACAACAGCUGAGUUGGAUGCAGCCUUCGAUGCAACUAUUAAACAAUUUGGUUACAUUGACGUUGUAAUCAACAAUGCUGGUAUUAUGAAUGACGGACCCGAUUUCUAUUUGAAAGCAUUAGAAGUUAAUGUUACUUCACUAAUUAGAAGUUCACUAAAAGCUUACAACCUCAUGCGCAAGGACAAUGGAGGGAAAGGAGGCACCAUAGUGAACAUCUCAUCUAUAGUUGGUCUGAUGCAAUCUUCCUUGCUUCCGGUAUACAGUGCAGCAAAAUCAGCAGUGUUACAAUUUAGUAACUGUCUGGGCGCCGAACAAACAUACAGUAGAACAGGAGUGCGCGUUGUCGCACUUUGCUUCGGAACCACAGACACAAACUUAAUCAAUGGCCACGUCGGUGCCAUAGAUGAUGUAAUAGAAAAUAUAAUACCACAGGCACUAUCUAGAAUGCCUAAACAAGGGGUUGAUGAUGCUGUUAAAGGAUUGCUUGUUGCGAUUGAAGAAGGCCAAAGUGGAGACACCUGGCUGAUUACUUCGGGAAAACCAGCAGAAAAUAUUACGCAGACUGUCAAAGAUAGCUACGCAAAUUUAUCCAAAAGCAUAUUGAAUUAG